UAGAGAACAGAUCUCACACCUCACAGCCUGUGGCCAUACAACAGUUCUGGGAGCUCUCCUGAUCUGCAGUUCUGUGCCAAGGGGAAACUAAGAAGAGCAGACAUGUGUGAGUCAUACUCCAAGGAGAAAACCAUUGAAAUGAGGAAACGGCAUAUAGGGCCAUCCUGCAAAGUAUUUUUUGCAAAAGACCCAAUUAAAAUUGUACGUGCAAAAGGGCAGUAUAUGUUUGAUGAAAGCGGAGAAAGAUACCUGGACUGCAUAAAUAACGUGGCUCACGUUGGACAUAGCCAUCCCGAGGUGACAAAGGCUGCAGUCAAGCAGAUGGAGUUACUGAAUACAAACUCUAGAUUCCUGCAUGACAACCUUGUCCAGUAUGCUGAACGCCUGACAGCUACCAUGCCCAAGAAGCUCUCUGUUUGCUACUUUGUUAACUCAGGGUCAGAAGCAAAUGACCUAGCCUUACGUUUGGCACUGCAGUACUCUGGACACAGCGAUGUGAUAACCCUUGACCACGCUUACCAUGGACAUGUGACAUCUUUGAUUGACAUAAGUCCCUAUAAAUUUCAACAGCUUGGAAAAGAAGCCAAAAAAGACUACGUCCAUGUGGCUCCAUCACCUGAUAUCUACAGGGGCAAAUACAGAGAAGACCAUCCUGAUCCUGGGGCAGCAUAUGCUGAUGAAGUAAAAGACAUAAUCGAAAAGGCUCACAAAAAUAAUCGACAGAUUGCUGCAUUCAUUGCUGAAUCCAUGCAAAGCUGUGGAGGUCAAAUUAUCCCACCACCUGGCUAUUUCAAGAAAGUGGCAGAGUAUAUACAUAAAGCUGGAGGAGUAUUCAUAGCUGAUGAAGUGCAGGUUGGAUUCGGCCGUGUUGGAAAACAUUUUUGGAGUUUCCAGUUACAGGGUGAAGACUUUAUACCAGAUAUUGUCACCAUGGGAAAGCCUAUUGGUAAUGGACAUCCAAUGUCUUGUGUGGUGACAACUAGAGAAAUUGCAGAAGCCUUUGGGGCAACUGGCUUGGAAUACUUUAACACGUUUGGAGGAAACCCGGUGUCUUGUGCUAUUGGUCUGGCCGUGCUUGAGGCUAUUGAAAAAGAAGAUUUGAGAGGAAACGCUACUAGAGUAGGAAACUAUCUUGUAGAGCUUCUGGAGGAACAGAAAGGAAAACACCAGAUGAUAGGCGAUAUCAGAGGUGUUGGAUUGUUUGUUGGUGUAGAUCUGGUAAAAGACAGGCAACUGAGGAAUCCCGCUACAGCAGAGGCCCAGCACAUUAUAUAUAAGUUGAAAGAAAAACGGAUUCUUCUGAGUGCAGAUGGUCCACAUAGAAAUGUUCUGAAAUUUAAGCCUCCAAUGUGCUUUACCAAGGAAGAUGCUAAGAUGGUGGUGGACUGCAUAGAUGAACUGCUUACUGCUCUGGAAAAAGCAACAGAAACAAAACAGGCCACUGCGAAUGAACAGUCAGUGAACAAAAGAAAAGAGGCCAGCCAGGGACAAGAGAGCAUUAACAACAUACACAGCAAUGCUUGCAGAUCCCAAGGCAGUGGAUUUCACUCGGAGAACCAUACUGUAAGCAACAAAAGAAUAAGAACAUAACCCAGAUUGAAAAUGUUAUAUUAAUGAUCGACGCUUCCAAAAUUACAAAGAAAUGCCAGUGUAUGGUCGGUUAAUGGAAGAGCGACAUGGUUUUACUACAACUUGUAUAUGUGCCUUUAAUUUCAAUAUGUCUUAUUGGAAUAAAAAUUAUCCAUGUUUUAAUGGCUUAAACAUAUAACACAAUCUAACAUAUUUUUGGUUUAGGAACAGUAGAUUUGGGAGUCCAAUGCCAUUGGAUGACCUUAUCAUUAUAUAUGGCCUAGUUAUAAUAUUUCAUCAUGUUAUCAGGUUUGCAAUCUAAAGUCUAACCAAUAAGUCAUGUAACUGUGCUACAAACACAAACCCUCACAUAAUAUGGCAAAAAACUUACAAUAUCGUAUAGUUCCUGCAAUCAUGAGAAGAAUUAUUGGUGAUAUCCUUAACUUGUGUAUGGAAAUGGGUUAUGCAUGCUGAAUACUACUGUAACAUUUAGCCUUUUCUUAUUUCUUAUAAUACCAAUAAACUAUUUCAUUUAA